AUGUUCAAAUUCACAUCUCUCCUGCUUUUGCUCCUCACACUCCUCGUGGCAUGUACCCACGCAACCCCACUCGUUGUCCGCGCCGACAGCAUCCAGUGCGAAACCAGCAGUGGCUCUCCUACCCACGAUGAUAUCAAAGCCGCCUUCGAGAAACUCCUCUCCUCCGGCAAAGACGGCAAGAUAUGCACAAAGACCCUUUUCAACGACAACCAAUGUGGUGUUGUCUCAUCGGCUGGUGGCUGCAAAAUAUCAUUCUGCGGCUUAUGGGAUGGCAGCAUAAGUUGCGAGCAAGCGGGAUUAGCAGCGAUGGAGAUCAUGAAUAAGUGCGAAAACACCGACCGUAAAGCGGGUGGGACCUAUACGUUUUCGGGGACCUCAAACUCAAUAAAGGUGCACAAAUAG